AUGAUAGCAAAAACAUCUUUUAAUAACACAUCUUCGUCUGAUGAGGAAAAAAAAACAGAGAACAAAAUAAUAGAAUCAAGUAAUAAAAACAUAACAUUUAAAAGAAGAAAGAUUAACAGAAUUAAUAAGAAUAAUGCAACUAAUAACAGUCAAAAAAAUGUUUUUAAAAAUGUUGACAUUUUGGAGAAGGGGAAUAUAAUAUUUAAAAAAAACAAAUACAUGAAAUCGGAUAAUUGGAAAAAAGGUAUUCGAAAGGAAGUAAGGAACUCUAAGGGAGUCUACAAAAAUGAGAGGUUUGCAAGUAGCAAAUUGAGAAUUUCUAAAUUAGACGAGUUUUCAAGUGAAGCGUUAGAAGGCAAUGACGAUGAUAGAAGCAGUUAUGAAGAAAUUAAUUUAACAAAAAAAAAAGAAUCGAGGCAUAAUAAUAGUAACUGUAAUAGUGAUAUUAAUAGCAAUAACAGUAGCAAUGACAACAGUUAUUAUAGCAGCUCUCAGGAAAAAGGGAGUAACCAAUUUGAAAGUAACUGUAUUUCAAGUCGAUAUGAAACAUAUAACAAAUCGGAUAGAAGAAAAAGCUCGUACCAAAAAAAACAUGAUAACAAUAAAAAAGGAAAAGAAUAUUACAGCAAUAAUAAUGACAGGAUUUUAGACGAAAUAUGGUAUACGAAAGAAGAUGAAUUUAUUGAUUCAUUCUACAAUAUAGAUAAAGAUAUUACCUAUGAGAAAGAAAAAAAAAUGAUAAAUAAUUUCAAAACAAGAUUGAAUAGUGAAGGGAAAAAAGUAAAUCAAAAAAAUUUAGAUAAUAAUUUAUGGGAAUUAAACAAAUUAAAACAAGGUGGUGUUAACUCAACAUAUAAUAAAUUACAAUUGGAUAGAAUUAAUGAAGCCAACAACACUAACGAAGUGAAGAAAUUUGUUUUAACAAGACAUGUAACUCCAUCUUUUAUUGAUAAGUUAAAAAGUUCAAAUGAAGAAUGGGCAGCAGAAGUGGGAGAAGGAACAGCGACAGCAGCAGUGAUAAAAGAAGUGGAAACUGGGGGGAAUGUUUCGAAAAAUGUAGUUAACGAAUGCAACAACGGUUCAUAUGACAGAAAAUCCAACUCAACAUCUUACUCCAUUGUGGUUAAGGAUGAAACAUGCGAUUUUGUAAAAGCAGCAAAAAAGGGAAGUGAAUUUUUAAAAUAUUUUAAAAAUGAAAAUGAGAAAUCUAAAGCGAGGGAUAGAUAUUGGGAAAUUGAGAGAAGCAAAUUAGGAGAACUAUUAAAAUUGUAUAAAAAUAAUUUAAACGACUCAACCAAAGAUGGAAGUAAUACAAACCUAGAUAUAGAAGAAGAGGAGAACUCAGAAGUUUUUGAUUAUAAAAAAGACAAGAUGUAUGGUACAAUAUUUAAUAUGGAAAGUAAAAAAAAGAAGAGUACAUUACAAGAUAAGGAAGAUUUAUUAAGAUUAAAAGAAUCAUUACCUAUUUAUAAAUCUAAAAAAGAAUUACUAGAUGCAGUAUAUAAUAAUAAUAUUAUAAUAAUUGUAGGUGAAACUGGUUCAGGAAAAACAACACAGAUUGUUCAAUAUUUGUAUGAAGAAGGAUAUCAUAAAAAUGGGAUAAUAUGCUGUACUCAACCAAGAAGAGUUGCAGCAGUCUCAGUUGCUUAUCGUGUAUCAUACGAAAUGAAUGUCGAGAUAGGAUCAUUAGUUGGUUAUACUAUUAGAUUUGAGGAUAAUACUACGAAAGAUACAAAAAUUCGUUAUGUUACUGAUGGUAUUUUAUUAAGAGAAACAUUAACUGAUAAAGAAUUAGAUAAAUAUAGUGUUAUAAUAAUGGACGAAGCUCAUGAAAGAUCUAUUAAUACAGAUGUUUUAUUAGGUAUAUUAAAAAACAUCUGCCUAAAAAGAAAUGAUUUAAAAUUAUUAGUAACAUCUGCUACUAUUGAUUCUAAAAAAUUCUCUCAAUUUUUUGGAAAUGCACCUAUAUAUAAUAUUCAUGGAAGAACAUUUAAAGUACAUUUAGAAUACUUGAGAACGCCAUGUAACGAUUAUAUAGAAUGCGCUGUACAAAAGGCAAUUGAAAUUCAUAUUUCAGAUAAUAACUAUGAUAACAAUUUUGGGGACAUAUUAAUUUUUAUGACCGGGCAAGAAGAUAUUAAUGCUACAUGCUACCUACUCAGUGAGAGGUUUUAUGAAGUAUAUGAAUCGUAUAAGGAAGCCAAAAGCAAUAAGAAAGUUACUAUUAACAAGAUUAGAAAUAUAAUUAAUCGUAAGAAAAGUUCCUCUGAGAUGGCGCAAAAAGGGGGGGACCAUAAGGUCGUCGUCGAAUAUAGCGGUGAACAUGAUAAUGAAGAUAGAAAUGCAGAUAGAGGUGAGGAUAGAAGUGCUAAUAGUGGAAAAGAUAGCGUUGAAGAAAGAGGAAACGAUUACUACAAUAAGGGUAUAAAUGAUGGAAUGCAUCACAUAUACCCAUUCUACGUGUUUCCUAUAUAUUCGCAGUUAUCUAGUGAACAGCAAAGCAAAAUAUUUCAGAAGUACGAUCUGAGAAAAAUAAUCGUUUCAACAAACAUAGCAGAGACUUCUCUAACCUUAGAUGGAAUCAAAUACGUGAUUGAUACAGGGUACUGUAAAUUAAAAGUAUAUAACCAAAAAAUAGGAAUGGACGUGUUGCAAGUAACUCCUAUAUCUCAAGCAAAUGCAAAUCAAAGGUCAGGAAGAGCGGGAAGAACUGGUGCGGGUAUAUGUUAUCGCCUUUAUACUGAAAAUACAUUCCUAUGUGAUUUAUAUCCUAAUAAUAUACCAGAAAUACAAAGAAGUAAUUUGUCUAAUGUAGUAUUAUUAUUAAAAUCCUUAAAUGUGCAGAAUAUAUUUGAGUUCGAUUUUAUUGACACUCCCAGUAAAGAAAGUAUAAUAAAUUCUUUACACGAAUUAUGGGUGUUAGGUGCUAUAAAUAAUGAAGGUAAUUUAACCGACAUAGGGAAAAAAAUGAUACUUUUUCCACUAGACCCACCCUUAUCAAAAAUUGUAAUUUACAGCGAAAAAUUUGCGUGUACAAAAGAAACUCUAAUUAUUGUUAGUAUGCUUUCUUCUCCUGCAAUCUUUUUAGAAGCAAAAGAAAGUAAUGAAGCUAUUGAAUCCAAAAAAGAAAAAUUUACCGUACCAGAAAGUGAUCAUUUAACCCUCUUAAAUAUUUACCUACAAUGGCGUGCUCAUAAUUAUUCAUAUAGUUGGUGUACUAACAACUUUAUACAAUAUAAAUCCCUAAAUAAGGCAAAAGAAGUGUAUUCACAACUAAGUGAUAUAAUUAAAACAGUAAAUAUAAAAAAUGUUUCAUGUAAUAAUAAAUGGGAAUGUGUAAGAAAAACUAUUUGCUCAGGAUAUUUUCAUAAUGCAGCCAAAUUAAAAUCCUUUUCUGAAUAUAUUAAUUUAAGAACUAAUGUAUCUUGUCAUGUCCAUCCAAACUGUUCAUUAUAUAAUAUUGGCUACACACCUGAUUAUGUCAUUUAUCAAGAAAUUGUUUUUACAACAAAAGAAUUUAUGAGAAAUGUUACUACAGUAGAACCCGAAUGGCUGUGUGAAUUGGGUCCACUUUUUUUUUAUAUGAAAAAUUUAUAUUAA